UGUUGCUCGUUUGUAUGCAUUGCACGCGUCUAGCAGCGUACCAUUUUCCACAGCCUCAGUUGGCAAUCGGUAAUUAGUGCUGCGUGACGUUAGUUCUCAAGUGGCCGAAAGAUUCGCAAAAUGAAACGUUCAAGUAGCUCCGGAUGGCUGCUGGUGGUUGCUGGUUUAGUGCUACUCCUGGGUUGUGUCCUUUCGCUACCAGCCGAGCAGGACCCGCGACAGGAAUACCCUACGCUCGCGGACGGUGCCAGCGUACACGAGGAAGUGAUCGUGGAAACUUCACUCAACGUACGGAAACCUUCUGCUGCGUCGCGGCAGAAGCACCAACAGAUCGUGAAACGUGAAAUACGCCACGAUCACGUAACUCACGGUACGUCGCACGUUAACAGGCUGGAAUCCCCAAAGGACCAUGGGAAAGGCCAGCCGCAUUUGGGCAAACACCACGUAAAGGUCGUACCGAACUGGAAGCGGGACAACGCGGCCAAACUGGACCACGGAAAGCAGUGAGAACUGUCCGAACCUCUCCAAUACCUUUCAUUCGCAGAUUAGUUUGUCGUGGUGGAUAAUGGCGGAAUUAGGAUGGAAAUUUAGUUCCCAGGAUGUGUGGCAUCGGCAUCCUUCAAUAGGGCUUCGAGCCGCAACAUCGCCUCGUAGUGGAUCAGUUUCGCCUUCUUUCAUGUCAUGCCGCAGUGAAGUGUGUGAAUGUUAAUAUGUAAAUUCAUAAUGCUCUAUAAUCCAGCUCUUGGCGCAGCUGGUGGAAUAAAUUAAAACGUGUCCACCUAACAUUCAAUGAUCCAUUAAACCAAUGCUUUGUAUUCCUUUCCAAACGCACAGGCUAGCUUAGUUUAAUUUAUGGUUCACUGUUUGCCCUCGCUAUUAAUGGGAAAAAGACAAU